GAUCAGUUGUUAGCCGAAGUUCCUAAACUGUUGCGAGAAGAAGAUACUGUUUCUCUUAGACGAUUUUACGAAUUGAUCCGCCGCGGUCCAGAUGGUUUUCACGCCCUGCUCCCCCUGUUUGAGCAGUAUAUCAAGCAAACGGGUCUUGAAGAUAUUCGUGUCAAUGCGGAGACAAUGCUUAAGGAUGCUGACAAAUACGUCUGUCGAUUAUUGGACCUUUACUUCCGGUUCUCGCGUGUUGUUGAGGAGGCAUUCAAUAACGAUCCACUUCUGCUUUCCUCACGGGACAAGGCUUAUCAGGAAAUUGUGAACAAUACAUCCGUGUUAACCACGGAUGUACCAACCUCUGUCUCGUGA